CAUGCGGAAACUGGAGAUGAAUCACAAUGAGCUCCUGCAGCAGAGCCGGGUCCUGUGGAGGAUGAUUGCGGAGCUGGAAGAGAGGUCUCAGAGGCCUGUCCGCUGGAUGCUGCAGGGUAUUCAGGAAGUCUUAAACAGGAGCAAGUCUUGGAGCCUGCAGCGGCCAGAACCAGUCUCCUUGGAACUGAAGACGGAUUGCCGUGUGCUGGGGCUAAGAGAGGUCCUGAAGACAUAUGCAGCUGACGUGCGCCUGGAUCCAGACACUGCUUAUUCCCGCCUCAUCGUGUCUGAGGACAGAAAAUGUGUGCGCUAUGGAGACACCAAGCAGAAACUGCCAGACAAUCCUGAGCGAUUUUACCGCUACAACAUUGUUUUGGGCAGCCAGUGCAUCUCCUCAG